UAUAUUUUAAAAUUUGUAAGAGAUUAUCAGAUAGUGAAACUCAUUUUACUAAUUAAAUGAAAGCUUACAGAGGUUUAGGUGAAUGUCUAUUAAGAAUCUAUCCAAAAUUAAGUUAAUUGUACUUCACGAAAUAUUUGAUGGCAGCUUGGAAAAUAAAAUAAAAGAAUGAUGAAUUACUAGCAUAUGAAUUAUUAGGAAAGUAUUAUUUUUAUGUUGGAUAAAUUGAGAAAACCAAACUCUUUCAUGAAAGAAUGAUUAAUGGAAAUUGUGAGGUAAUCUAUAUUAUUUUUAUUAGGAUGAAAAUUCAAGAGUUCGUUUGUUAGCCUUGAGUAGAUUAGAAUAAGGAAGUUUAUCAAAUAAGAUUAAUAAAGAUCAUCUAAUUUUUGAUAUAGAAUAAGUAUCAUCAGAUGAUGAAUGUUAUGAAAUUGUAUUUCCAUAAACAUCUGACAAUAUCCAUUAGAAAUAUUAUGUUGAUAAAUAUUUUCAAAAGAAAAUACGAGACAUUAAAGUCAUUAAAGAUACAGCAAACUUAAACAUUCGAUAAACUGAAAGAAAAUAUAAUUCUUAAUUUCUAUCAAAUGAAAUUUUCGAGCCAUCUAGAGUUAAAGUUUCAAAUCCUCAUCAAAGUCUUGGGUCUAUUAAGGACAAGGUCUUAAUGAGUCAUUAUGACCCCAAAUAGAAAAUUGGAAAUGUAUUAAUACAUAGCUUUGGCCAGUGAUAAAACUGGCUUUAAUAAUUCACCAAGAUAUGAAGGUUUAUAUAAUAAGUAUAGAUUAUAAAC